AUGCGGCUGCUGCCAGAAUGGCUUCUCCUGCUCUUUGGCCCGUGGCUCCUGCGGAAGGCCGUCAGUGCCCAGAUGCCGGAGUCCCGGAGGCCGCAGUACCUGGAGCUGCGCCCCGCCGCGGCCGGAGGGGGCGCCCCUGGCCAGCAGCUCCCGGCACCGAGUUCUCCGGACAGCCUAGGCACCGCGCGUGCCUGGAGCUGGGCCUGGCCGGCUAACCACACGGGGGCGCUGGCCCGGGCUGGGGCGGCUGGGGCGCUGCCCGCACAGCGCACCAAGCGGAAGCCGUCCAUCAAAGCGGCCCGCGCCAAAAAGAUCUUCGGCUGGGGGGACUUUUACUUCCGGGUGCAUACCCUCAAGUUCUCGCUGCUGGUGACUGGCAAGAUAGUGGACCAUGUGAAUGGCACCUUCAGCGUGUACUUCCGCCACAACUCGUCUAGCCUGGGCAACCUCAGUGUCAGCAUCGUGCCUCCCUCCAAGCGUGUCGAGUUCGGGGGCGUGUGGUUGCCAGGGCCCGCCCCUCACCCUUUGCAGUCCACACUGGCUCUGGAGGGGGUGCUCCCGAGGCUGGGGCCCCCGCUGGGAGUGGCAUCUGCGGGGCCAGGGCUAGGGGGCACUCUCGGGGGAGCGCUGGCGGGUCCACUCGGGGGCGCGCUAGGAGUCCCCGGGGCCAAAGAGUCACGCGCUUUCAAUUGCCACGUGGAGUAUGAAAAGACAAACCGCGCACGCAAGCACCGCCCGUGCCUGUACGACCCAUCGCAGGUGUGUUUCACAGAGCACACGCAGAGCCAGGCGGCCUGGCUCUGUGCCAAGCCCUUCAAAGUCAUCUGUAUCUUUGUCUCCUUCCUCAGUUUUGACUAUAAACUGGUGCAGAAGGUGUGUCCAGACUAUAACUUCCAGAGCGAGCACCCCUACUUUGGCUAG